UGAUAUAGCUUGCCAAAUCCAUUCUUACUACAGAGGGCGAGACAUUACAUUCGCUCUCCCAACCACAAACUAACACUCUCAACAACCAAGACGACACCAGCUACCUAAGCUAAGAGGAGGACGACAAGGUUGCAGAUCAGAUAAUCUUUUAUGGCUUCGCAGAAUGUGUACCACAUUGGGUUGAAGCUUCUUCUCACUCUGCUGCUCUUCUAUUCCCUCGCCCUGCUCUCUCCCAUUUCAGGAAUAGGAAUAGGAAGAGGGAAGCAAGUGAGAAUGGUGUUGGGGUCAAGCCCACCAAAGUGUGUGGGGAGAUGCAUGGGUUGCAGGCCUUGUGUUGCUGCUUUGGUCAUUCCUCCACAUGACGACAAGUAUGGGUUCAGAAGACCUUCAUCUUCUUCAGCUUCAUCUUCAUCUGGUGCAGGAGAUGAGAGCUACUAUCUCCUCUCAUGGAAGUGUAGAUGUGGGAACAAAUACUUCCAACCUUAGUAGCUCAAUAAUGGCCUCGGUUUCUCAAUUCUGUAAUUUAUUUUAUAAUAUAUCUUAAGAUAUGCAUAAUUUUCAGGUGGUAUUGUUACUACUCCCUCCAAGUUUAUUGUAAGCUUGUCGAUUUGUGUACUAGUAAUUA